AUGUCGCAAAAGCAGGUGACAUCGGACGACAGCUUGGCGGACAAUGCUUUUGCUACCGGAAGCCAAGCUAGGAACGACAGCAACAAAGACCUCGCCGGCUUGCAUCGGUCGCACAGCGGCAUGGACAGCAACGACUCGGCCAACCAGGUGCUCGAGUCCUUGGGCUACAAGCCGGAGCUGCAGCGAAAUCGCUCGACAUGGCAGGUGGCAUUCAUGUCUUUUGUCCUCGCCUCGAUCCCCUACGGCCUGGCGACCACCAUGUUCUACCCCUUGAUCGGCGGCGGUCCCGUCAACAUCAUCUGGGGAUGGGUCCUCGUGUCGCUGAUCAUCAUCUGCGUUGCCGCGUCCCUUGGAGAAAUCACCAGCGUCUAUCCCACCGCCGGAGGUGUCUACUACCAGGCCUUCAUGCUCGCGGAUCCCAGCUGGCGCCGCGCCGCAUCGUGGAUCUGUGGCUGGCUCUACGUCGUCGGAAACAUCACCAUCACCCUGGCCGUCAACUUUGGUACCACGCUCUUCUUCGUCGCCUGUAUCAACGUUUUCAAGUAUGAUGUCGAGGGGGUCCCUACGGGUAUCUUUGAGGCGCAGCCGUACCAAGUCUUCCUGAUCUUCCUCGGCCUCACUCUGUUCUGCAACGCUGUCUCUUCUCUUGGCAACAAGUGGCUGCCGGUCCUGGAUACUGCCGCCAUUUUCUGGACCUUUGCUGGCGUCAUUGCCAUUAUGGUUACAGUUCUUGCACUUGCCAAGGGCGGUCGCCGUGAUGCUGCGUUCGUCUUUGGUCACUUUGAGACAAACUCUGGCUGGCCCGCCGGCUGGUCUUUUUGCGUUGGUCUGUUGCAUGCCGGAUAUGCCACCUCAUCGACAGGAAUGAUUAUCUCCAUGUGUGAGGAGGUCCGCAUGCCCUCGACCCAGGUCCCCAAGGCCAUGGUUGCUACCGUUGUGCUCAACACCUUUGCCGGUCUCUUGUUCAUGAUCCCCUUGGUGUUUGUACUUCCCGAUAUCCAGUACCUGAUUGGCCUCGCCUCUGGCCAGCCCGUUCCCGAGAUCAUCCUCGCCGCCGUCGGCGAACCCGGUGCUGCUAUUGCGCUGCUCAUGCCCCUGCUUGUCCUGGCCAUCAUUUGCGGCAUCGGCUGCACGACCGCCGCCUCCCGCUGCACCUGGGCUUUUGCGCGUGACGGUGCCAUCCCUGGUGCAAAGUGGUGGCGCGUCAUCAACGAGAAGCUCGACGUACCUUUGAAUGCCAUGAUGCUCUCCAUGGUCGUGCAGAUCAUCCUUGGCCUCAUCUACUUUGGCUCGUCCGCUGCAUUCAACGCCUUCUCUGGUGUCGGUGUCAUCUGCCUCACAGCCUCGUACGCUACGCCCAUCGCCAUCAACCUGUUCAAAGGUCGCAAGGCUACCGCCGGCGCCAAGUUCCAGCUUGGUCGCAUGGGAGUCUUUUGCAACAUUGUCGCCCUCGCCUGGUCUGCGCUCGCCAUGCCGCUCUUCUGCAUGCCGAGCUACCUGCCCGUAACGCCCGAGACGGUCAACUACGCACCCGUGGUCUUUGUUGCCGCCACCCUAGUUUCUGGUGUGUGGUACAUUAUGUGGGGAAGGGAGAACUACGCCGGCCCUCCGGUCCAGGAGACGUACAACUAG